GGCUCGGUGGUUUGUUUGUUGCGACCGUCAUCGAUUGCCGCUGGUGUCCCGGCACGGCUCGCCUUUCUUGUCUCUUUCCCGCAGGGGCGCGAUGGCUUCUGGAGACCGCCGCCAGCGGGCAGCCACCAAGCCGGCCUUCGGCGAGAAGGAGGUGGCCGAGCUGCUGGACGAAGUGUUCGGAUUAAAGGCGUUGUGGGUCAGGUCCCUGCCCAGCUAUGACGAUCAGAACUUCCACGUGAGAGUCUCAAGCGGAGGUGAAGCCGAAGGGGUCGAGGAGUACGUCCUCAAAAUCACCAACUCAGAAGACAGCCAGCAGCCCGCCCUCAUCGAGGCGCAGACCCACGCCAUGAUGUUCCUCAGCGCCCACGGCUUCCCCUCGGCCACGCCGCGGCUCACGAAGGACGGCAGCAUCAUGUCUCUGCAGGCAGGUAGCAGAUCUGGAAACAAAAAGUACAUGGUCAGACUGCUGACUUACCUGCCGGGCACACCUGUCGCUAAAAUUGCUGCCCCUACUCAGCUUCUGUAUGAUAUUGGUAAGCUAGCUGCCAGUUUGGAUAAAGCUCUCACAGAGGAAUUCCAUCAUCCAUCAGUAGGAAGUCUGCAUCGAGAUCAGUUCAUCUGGAACCUGGCGAAUGUCCCUCUUCUGGAUCAGUACAUGGAUGCCUUGGGCCAGAACGAGCACCGAGACGUUGUGCAAUGGGUCAUCCAGCAGUUCAAAGAGAAAGUCACACCCAAGAUAAGCAGUUUUCGAGCUUGUGAGUGUUUUAUUCUCAAUCACAUUGCAGUUUGUUCCAGGAAACAGACGCACCGACGCAGCUGGCUUACAGCUAUUAAAUACCAUGGCAGUCAAUACCAACACAAUGCAGUUCUUAAAUACCAUUACAAUCAAUACCGAUACAAUGCAGUUCUUAAAUACCGUUUCUUGUUCUGCAUUUAGGUAUCAACCACGGGGACCUCAACGACCACAACAUCCUGGUGGUUCCUGGCUCCCCUCGUGGGGCAGCCCCGCAGUACCGCGUGUCGGG